GGGGUGAAGAUCUGCGAUGUGUACCAGACUGUGAUGGCCUUUGUGAAGAGGGAGAAGCCGGAUCUGCUGGCGAAGAUCACCAAGAACCUGGGGUUCGCCAUGGGAAUCGAGUUCCGAGAGGCUUCCCUGGUCAUUAACACCAAGAACCAGUACCGACUGAAGAAAGGCAUGAUGUUCAGCAUCAACCUGGGCUUCUCCAACAUGGAGAACAAGGAAGGCAAGAACCCUGAGGAAAAGAUCUAUGCUCUCUUCAUUGGAGACACUGUGCAGAUCAACGAGGAGGGUCCGGCGAGUGUCAUCACCACCGUCAAGAAAAAGAUCAAAAAUGUUGGCAUCUUCCUGAAGAAUGAAGAUGAGGAUGAGGACGAGGAGAUGAAGGAUGAGGCUGAGGAUUUGUUGGGUCGAGGGGGGAAGGCGAACCUCCUGACUGAGAGGACGCGGAACGAGAUGACCUCGGAGGAGAAGCGCCGUUCCCACCAGCGGGAACUUGCCCACCAACUCAACGAGGAGGCCAAGAGGCGGCUGACAGAAAACCGAGGGGAGCAGCAGACCCAGAGGGCCCGCAAAUCCCGGGACUCGUACAAAAACCCAUCGCAGAUGCCGAAGGAGCCGGACAUCAGGAGCUUGAAGAUCUACAUCGAUAAGAAAUACGAGACGGUUAUCCUGCCGGUGUUCGGCAUCGCCACGCCCUUCCACAUCGCCACCAUCAAGAACAUCAGCACCUCGGUGGAGGGAGAUUACACCUAUCUGCGGAUUAACUUCUACUGCCCUGGCAGUGCCCUGGGUCGGAAUGAAGGCAAUCUCUUCCCCAAUCCUGAGGCUACAUUUGUCAAGGAGAUAACCUAUCGGGCAUCAAACCUGAAGGUACCUGGUGAACAGCAGGUCCCUGCGACAAACCUGCAGAACGGCUUCCGAAUCAUCAAGGAGGUUCAGAAACGUUACAAGACCCGGGAGGCUGAGGAGAAGGAGAAGGAGGGGAUUGUGAAACAAGAUUCGCUGAUUAUUAACCUGAACCGCAGUAAUCCCAAGCUGAAGGAUCUGUACAUCCGCCCGAACAUCGCUCAGAAGAGAAUGCAGGGCACUCUGGAAGCUCACGUCAACGGUUUCCGGUUUACCUCAGUGCGAGGGGAUAAGGUCGACAUUCUGUACAAUAACAUCAAGCACUCCAUCUUCCAGCCGUGUGAUGGGGAAAUGAUCAUCGUCCUGCACUUCCAUCUCAAGAAUGCCAUCAUGUUUGGGAAACGCAGACACACAGACGUUCAGUUUUACACUGAGGUCGGUGAGAUUACCACAGACCUGGGGAAACAUCAGCACAUGCACGACAGAGACGACCUCUACGCUGAGCAGUUGGAGAGGGAGAUGAGACACAAACUGAAAACGGCUUUCAAAAAUUUCAUCGAGAAGGUGGAGGCACUGACCAAGGAGGAGCUCGAGUUUGAGGUUCCCUUCCGGGACUUAGGGUUUAACGGCGCCCCCUACCGGAGUACCUGUAUGCUGCAGCCCACAAGCAGCUCACUGGUGAACGUUACUGAGUGGCCUCCGUUCGUGGUGACGCUGGACGAGGUGGAGUUGGUUCACUUUGAGCGAGUGCAGUUCCACUUGAAGAACUUCGAUAUGGUGAUCGUGUACAAAGACUACAGCAAGAAGGUCACCAUGAUCAACGCCAUUCCCGUCGCCUCCUUCGACCCCAUCAAGGAGUGGCUCAACUCCUGCGAUCUGAAGUACACCGAGGGGGUGCAGUCCCUGAACUGGACUAAGAUCAUGAAGACCAUCGUCGAUGACCCUGAGGGGUUCUUCGAGCAAGGAGGCUGGUCGUUCCUGGAGCCUGAGGGUGACGGCAGUGAAGCCGAGGAGCAGGACUCUGAGUCAGAGCUGGAAGACGAGACGUUCAAUCCCUCGGAGGAAGAGGAUGACUUGGAGGACGAGGACAGCGAUGAGGAUUACUCCUCAGAGACGGAGGAAUCCGCGAGUGAGGAGACGUUGGGAAGCGAGGAGGAGAGUGGGAAGGAUUGGGAUGAGCUGGAGGAGGAAGCACGCCGAGCUGACCGGGAAUACCAUGAGGAAGAGGAGGACUCCCGGACUCGGAAGAGGAAAGGACCAGUGAUCAACAUCAGCAGCAAAAAGAAGAGACGGAAAUGAGCCUGAG